CCCCGCCGUUGUUUAGGGUCGCAUGAUGCGCAUGAUGCGUCCCGUAGCUUCGCUUGAACGCGUCGCUGCCUGCCAUCCAUCACCACUUCCACUGACAACUCGUGAUAGCUAUCUAGCUCUCCAGAUACCUGCCUAUACCUUUAAGCUACCCAAAUCUAGAUAUUAGCAAGAUGCGUCUCCAAGCUGCCAUCGCCAGCCUCAUCACCUUUGCUGCAGCGUCCAACCUGCCAUCACCACAGAACUUCUUCACGAACCCGUCCUCCAGCGAUGGAUCCGGUUUCAAGAUCCCAACCGUUCACGAGUCCGCCGUUCAAGCCCGGAGGAUCAUGCGUCUAGAGACCAUUGGCACCCUGUCCACCAUCUUCCCCAGCACCCACACCACCGAGCAACGACCCUCGGACGUUGGAGGCGCGCCCAUAGGCUUGAUGGACUACUUCGGCGACUGUGAGUCAGACUCAGGGAACCCUACUAUCCUCGCCAUCACCAUCGCCACCUCCUUCAAGAACGUAGACGCCGGCUCCAACAUUACCUUGAGCAUGCGAUGGCACCCCCAGGACAACAAAUGGCGCAGUCCUGCAGCGCUCCCUCGCUUCUCGCUUGUCGGUCGUCUGGAAGACAUUGAUAUGGAUGCUAUCAAGAAGCUGGGUGUGACAGCCUGCUAUGUCAAGAAACACCCCGAUGCUGCGUGGUGGUUGCCGGGUUCAGGCGUCCACGAGAGCAAGUGGGUGCGUCUGGUCGUUGAGGAGAUAUACUGGAUCGGAGGAUUCGGAGAUCGUGCCUACAUUGGAUGGAUCCCGAAGGAAGAGUGGUACAGCGUCACACAAGAAGAGAUUGAUGGCAUUCAGUUGCCAGGCGAGAAGCAGAGCGCGUGGAACGCCAUCGGAAGCUGGUUCGGCAUGGGUCAGCAAGAGCAGGGUGUGAUUGAGCUCUAAGCUGAGGCUGUGGGAAUCGCAGCUUUUACAGAUGCAUCAUACAGGGUGGCUUGGCUGGACACAGGAAUAUCCUUUGAAUUUAGCGUCAGCAGUCCCGAUGCUCACUUAUGUUACAUCCCUUAACGAAGGCGCGGUAGGUAGUUAUGCUGCAAACUUUAGCUGACUCGAGAUCUAUCUGAG